UUGGCGUAUACUUGAAAAAAACGACGUCAAUUCUUGCAAAGUUUGGCUGUUCUCACAGAAAAAUGAGAAACAUCUCCGUCUGUAACCCUUUAACUAUUCUUCUCCGGCGAACUCCUCCACCUCCAUUCUUUGCCACCCUUCCAUGGUACUCUCCACCGCCAUUUCGACCGCCACUAAUCAACGAUCCCAUAAUCUCCACAAUCUCAACCGCCAUCAAAACCGCCGACGAUAAACCUCUCAAACGCCUCCUCCCUUCCAUUAAACCCCACCAUAUCAUCCAACUCAUCAAUGUCAACCCUCUCAAUUUACAGCCACUUGCUCUCCUUAAUUUCUUCAAUUGGGUCUCCUCUCAACCUGGAUUUCGCCUCACUCUUCACUCUUACUGCACUAUGGCUCAUUUCCUCACCGCCCACAAUUGCUUCCAAGAAGUGGCCUGCAUCUUUCGAUUCAUCGUGUCUCGAAAAGGUAAGGAUUCCGCUGUUUCCGUCUUCGGUAUUCUUCUUGAAUCUAAAACUGGUCAUUAUAAGAGUAAUUUUGUGUUUGAUGCACUUAUGAAUGCUUAUUUGGAGUUAGGUUUUGUUUCUGAUUGUAUUCAAUGUUUUCGGUUGAUUAGAAAGAAUGGGAUUCCGUUACCCUUGAAAGAAUGUGCUCGUUUGUUUGAUCAUUUAUUGAAGACUAAAUCAGCUGAGAUAGCUCUAGGGUUUUACAAGGAGAUUAUGGACUAUGGAUUUCCUCCCAAUGUGUUUGAUUUUAACAUUUUGAUGAAUAAGUUCUGUAGGGAUGCUAAAAUUAGGGAUGCCCAUUUAGUGUUUUGUGAGAUUGAGAAGCGUCGUUUGCAGCCUACGGUUGUUAGUUUCAAUACUUUGAUUAAUGGCUAUUGUAAGCUCGGCGAAGUGGAGGAAGGUUUUAGGUUGAAGAGGGUUAUGGAAGAAAAGAAAAUAUCACCUGAUAUAUUUACAUUUAGUGCUUUAAUUAAUGGGUUGUGUAAGAUUGGUAAAUUAGAUGAUGCUAAUGAAUUGUUUGAGGAGAUGUGUGAUAUAGGAUUAGCUCCGAAUGAUGUCAUCUACACUACUCUAAUCAAUGGACAUUGUAGACAUGGGAAGGUUGCUUCAGGGUUGGAGUUGUAUGGUCAACUAUUGAAGAAAGGCUUUGAGCCUGAUUUGUUUAUGUAUAACACACUGGUUUAUGGCCUUUGCAAAGAGGAUGACUUGAGACAAGCAAGAAAACUUGUUAAUGAGAUGUCUCUUCGAGGUUUAAAACCUGACAAGAUCACUUACACUACACUCAUUGAUGGUUGCUGUAAAGAAGGUGAUAUAGAGAUGGCUUUGGACAUUAAAAUUAAAAUGGUCAGAGAAGGGAUCACCAUCGACGAUGUAACUUUUACUGCUCUUAUUUCUGGGCUAUGUAGGCAGGGCCUUGUUUUGGAUGCUGAAAAAACUCUCAGAGAAAUGUUGAGAGCUGGUUUUAAACCCGAUAAUGUCACGUAUACUAUGGUAAUUGAUAGGUUUUGUAAGACCGGAGAUGUGAAGAUGGGUUUUAAACUACUCAAAGAGAUGCAAAGUGAUGGUCGUGUUCCUGGGGUUGUGACCUAUAAUGUUCUAAUGAAUGGGUUAUGCAAGCAAGGGCAGAUUAAAAACGCUAAUAUGCUCCUGGAUGCGAUGCUUAAUUUAGGAGUAACUCCUGAUGACAUUACCUAUAAUAUCCUCUUAGAAGGUCGGAGCAAACAUGGGACUCCAAAAGAAUUUGCUGCACUGAAAAAUGAAAAGGGUCUUGUCAAUGACUAUGCUUCUUAUACAUCAUUAAUCAAUGAAAUCACUAGGUCAUCAAAAGAUUGUGGAAAGCGAUGAUUUGUACUAAUGGAGAACUCAAGAAGUCUUUUGUGGUUCCUGCCAGCCUGCCAAUGUGAAUCCCAGUUUUUGUUAUGGGAUAUAUAAGUAUUGGAAGGUUUGAAUGCUUCCUUCUCCAUUUACGAAGUGAACCUUACAACAUCUUGGUACCUUUUACUCGGCUGACUAUAUCGAAAUAUGUAUGAUAGACAAAGUGAUUCAUCAUAAGCUGAUACUACAAUACAUGGAGGGAAAAGACAAGGACAAAGUGGAUGAUCUGAAGUCUGAACACAAGAGUUAAAAGAUGGUACCAGUCAGCCAUGAAUUAUCUGAAGCUCAACAAGGAUGGAUCUUGGAAACAUAUCAACAAGGGUGGUGGUGUUGGCAUUAUCAAUCAGAUUCAAUGCUGUUUCUCCUGCAGUCCUGCUGCAGCUGAGUUAAUAUCUGUCAGAGAUUCAGGGAGGGACUGACGAUUUCUAUGUGCGUAUCAAUCGCCCUGAUCGAUUCAGGCAGAGGACCUCAAAUAGGAAGCUGAAAAUACAUGUUGAGCAAAUCUAAAGAGCAUUAAUAUCAUAAUACAAAUUUUUAAAUCAGACGGUCUGACGCGUCAGACGUGCCCACGUGUCAGGGCGCGGGUCAGGACGCGGGUAAAAAAAACCGUGGUUUUCAAUUCGGAUCAUAUAAAUACCUAUUUUUACCCAAUUUCAAAACCCUAAAUCAUUUCUCUCUCCUCAAACCCUCUGCGUCUUGAAAACCCGAACUCGCCGCCUGCGAGUUUCUCUCUCCUCUUGAUACUCUCCGGCGCCGGCGGUCGUCGUAGGUGAGAAUGAUUGUCGCCGGAGUUGAAGAUCCGGAGAUUUGGCUGCCGAACGAGCGAGGAAAUGAAAGAUCGACGAAGGAAGGAGAGGGCGGAGAAGAGCCGCAUACACAAUCACCUCGUCGGACAACCAGAAUAUUGCGCUGGUGGCUAUAAUUUCGCGGUGGCUGCGAUAUUGGUAGGGUAUGCGGUAAAUCAGCCUUGAGAAUGUUGCCUCCUUGUCGGCGUCGCCAUAAGAGUUGGUGGCUUUGAUGGAGGCGGCGCCGGUGAUUCUCCUUGUCGCAAUAGCCGUCGGAGAUGGACGGGGAAUGGAAUGGAACGGAAGACUAAACGGCGGUGGCGGCUGAGGACGUGGUGCUUGGCUGUGGUGCAAUAGCCGUUGGUUGUGGUGUUUUAUUUUUGUUUUUGUUUAAAAUAGUUACAUUGUUGUUAUAUUUAGUUAUGAAAUUGAAUGGUUUAGUUAAAUUUGUUGUCAAUAAUCAUAGGACCACCCUGUGUAUUACGCUGCUUAAUACUGCUUUUGUUUAACAGCUUGAAACGCUGCUUGUUGCUGUCACAUUCAAUCUAAUGAAGGAUGCUUGUUCUUUUA